AUGAAGAAUUUAUCUGAGCUCGGGGUUCCUUCACUUCACAGUUUUCUCAGUCCAGCCAAUGCAUCGGGUCUUCCUGAAAGACAAGCAAGAGAUGAACAGUUAGCAAAGAUAGAGACUGCUGUGCUUGGAAUAAUAUUUGUGGCAGCAUCCGUGGGCAACUGUGUCCUUAUUCUGGUAUUAUGGAGGAGAAGAAUGAAUCUGACUAGGAUAUAUGUGUUCCUGCUUCAUCUGGGCAUUGCAGAUCUGAUGGUUGCCUUUUUUCAAGUCCUUCCUCAGCUUUUCUGGAAAAUCACAGAUGUUUUCAUGGGUCCAGACAUCCUGUGCAGAACUGUCAGUUAUUUCCAACUAUUGAGCAUGUUUGCCUCCACUUACAUGAUAGUAGUUAUGGCAAUGGACAGACUGAGAUUCCAAGUGGUGUGCUACCCCACAGCCUCUUUCAAGAAGAAAGGCACUCUUUGGAAUGCUUCAGUCUGCACCAGUUGGUUUAUAUCUUUUGCCUUCAGUGUUCCCCAGAUAUUUAUCUUUCAGAAAAGUGAGACAUCUCCAGGCAUAUUUGACUGCCAAGCUCACUUCAUUGAGCCCUGGGGCACAAAAGUGUAUGUAACUUGGAUUUCUAUAGCUAUCUUUUUUAUUCCUGCAGCUAUCCUCAUCACCUGCCAUGUAAGGGUCUGCAGAGCAAUCCAAAGUAAUGUGACAGGCUACGCUGUAACAAAUCAGAAACAAACACUAUCAUCUCAGACAAACAAUACAAACUGCAUGUCAAAGACUGUGAUAAAGACUAUUAAGAUGACUGUAGUGAUAGUUGUUGCUUAUGUAUUCUGCUGGUCACCUUUCUUCAUUGCACAGUUGUGGACUGCAUGGCACCCCAGUGAUGCUAGGACUGAAGGUCCAGUAAUAGCCAUUCUUAUGCUCCUAGGGAAUCUUAACAGCUGUGUUAAUCCAUGGAUUUAUAUGUACUUUUGUGGCCAAAUCCCAAAUUGCUCGAAAAAAACCCUCAACACCCAGGCAGCUCAGGAACAGUCUACAUUUACUUGCAGCAUCUAUGUGGGAGAAAAAGAAUCCGAAGACAACAUCACACCUGUGUAA